UUUCUCACUAACACUCCUCCUGACUCUGUUUGCACGUGCUCCAAAUUUUAGAAACAGCUGAGUGAGAACAACCGUUUAUUCUGCCACGCGUUGGAUGUCUUGUGAAAACUUGCUAACACUUUAUAACACGACUGAGAGCUGUAAUUACGUUCAGUUUCAUCUACAUACAGGAAAAAACAAUAAUGUGAGGAGAGCUGGAGAAGGUUCGUGUCCUCCGCCUGCAGGGUUAAAUACGACACGCCGUCUUAUUUAACCCUGCAGGCGGAGGACACCGGAAACAGGACAGGGGGAAGCUUCACCUCCAAUACUGAGCAGGAAGCAGCAACUGAUCGUUCCUGCACGACCGAGCCUGAGUCUUUAUGCUUCCAUUACUAUGUGAAAAUGGACCAAACCAGCUGUUAUCCACAGACACUCCACUUUCAUCUUUAGAUUGAAAAAAGACACCUGAACCGUUCCUUUGGAUGGAUUUAAGCGCCGUCCGCUUCCAGAGAACGGAGACAGAGUAAUAUUCAGACAAAAAUACAACAAGAAGGAAGAACAAGCUGCAGCCUGGGCUCAGACACAGGUGAACCUGACGAGGACAUCCACAGAAAAGGAGACGCUCAGAAGCAGGAAGUAAAACCAUGACCAGACAAAUGGAGAAGGAAGUUUGACAGGAAGUGGAUAAAAGACAAAUGAGUAAACAGAAAGACAGAAGAAAAUAAGAGUAAAAUCUGACGGUGACAGGAAAUCUCUCCACUCUGAUGAAACCAGCCUGACCUCUGCUGUCCUCUCAUUGUGUCUCCAGUCCUUGCUAAGCUGCAGCAGGCCAGCAGAUAAUCAGCGUAAUGACUUUUCAUCAGAGCGCUGACCUGAAGACCCACAUUUCCCCCCGCGGGGGAGGCAUUCCUGCCCCGUUAUAAGUACGAGUACCUGCGAUCAGCCUCGUCUGCAGAUCGUCAGCUGGUUCUGAGCGUCUCCCUGACACGAUGUGAACGUCUGUGGAGCUUUCUGUGUUGGCAGCUGCCUGGAGAAACGUGGAAGUGCGUGGACGCUGAAGCAGAAGAUCUCCUCUCGGCUCUGGGCGUUCGAAGCUUAGCGCUCAGCUCGUCCAGCUUCUUCGUGCUUCCAGGUACAGAGAGUCCGCGAGCGGAGCAGAGAGCAGUUCAGAGCAUGCGCUCGGCGCGGCAGAGCAUCAUCUCCUGCAGCGACCGUGAGGCGAACUGUACGGCCGCGCGCCACCCGGACACCCUGGAGCUGUCAGGAUCCUCCGCGUGGAGCUCCAACGACUCGGCCGUUGACGCGCUCCAGCUCAAGGAGCUCCAACUGCCGGCUGCGGCCGCUACGACCGUGGCGAUGGUGCCCGAGGCGCCACGCCCAUUCCCCACCGUGGAUGUGCCCGACCACGCCCACUACACCAUUGGCUCCGUGAUUCUCACCAUCGGCAUUACGGGCAUGAUUGGGAACUUCCUGGUCAUCUACGCCUUCAGCAGGAGUCGCAGCCUGCGCACGCCGCCCAACAUGUUCAUCAUUAAUUUGGCCAUCACUGACCUCCUGAUGUGCAUCACCCAGUCACCCAUCUUCUUCACCACCAGCAUGCACAAGAGGUGGAUCUUUGGAGAGAAAGGCUGCGAGCUGUAUGCUUUCUGUGGCGCUCUGUUUGGGAUCUGCUCCAUGAUCACGAUGACGGUGAUCGCUAUCGACCGUUACUUCGUCAUCACGAGGCCUCUCACAUCCAUUGGAGUGCUGUCUCGGAAGCGGGCCCUCCUCAUCCUCGUGGCGGCCUGGGCCUACUCGCUGGGCUGGAGCCUGCCGCCGUUCUUCGGCUGGAGCGCCUACGUCCCCGAGGGCCUGAUGACCUCCUGUACGUGGGACUACAUGACCUUCACGCCGUCUGUGAGAGCCUACACCAUGCUGCUCUUCAUCUUUGUUUUCUUCCUGCCUCUCUUCAUCAUCAUCUACUGCUACAUCUUCAUCUUCCGCGCCAUCCGCACCACCAACCAGGCAGUGGGGAAGAUUAACGGCAGUGUUCACAGUCACGGCAGCACUCGUGAUUCCAUGAAGAGUUUCCAUCGGCUGCAGAACGAGUGGAAGAUGGCAAAGAUCGCGCUCAUCGUCAUCCUGCUCUACGUCAUCUCCUGGUCGCCGUACUCCACCGUGGCCCUCACCGCCUUCGCCGGGUACGCAGACAUGUUGACACCCUACAUGAACUCUGUCCCCGCCAUCAUCGCCAAGGCCUCGGCCAUCCACAACCCCAUCAUCUACGCCAUCACACACCCAAAGUACAGGAUAGCGUUGGCCAAGUACAUCCCAUGUCUUGGCGUGCUGCUCUGCGUCCGUCCUCGUGACAUCCGCUCGACCAGCAGCAGCUUCGUGUCGACGCGCCGCUCCACUGUGACCAGCCAGACCUCUGACAUCAGCAGCCAGUUCAGGCGGCAGAGCACUUUCAAGUCCCGCCUCUCCUCUGCCUCUGACAGCGAAUCGGGUCUGACAGACACCGAGGCUGACCUGUCCAGUCUGGGAUCCAGACCGGCCAGCCGUCAGGUCUCCUGUGACAUCAGCAGAGACACCGCCGAGCUGCCCGACUUCAAACCCUCAUCCAGCUUCAAGUCCAAGCUGAAGAGCCACGACUCGGGCAUCUUUGAAAAGACGUCCUGUGACACUAAGCUUCCCACGGCAGGAGCAGGUGAACGCAGCAGCAGUUCAAAUAACGGUGAUUUUACAGAUGGUGCAAGAGGCGCACUCUGUCGAAUCCCGAGUAUCGUCAUCACCUCCGAGUCCAGCCCUUUCCUUUCCACGGGACGAAGUGGUUCCCGCACAUCUCGAUCGAAGGCGACCAACAGCAGCGGCGGUGGAGGUGCAGGGGCGGGUUCGGCGUAGAGCUCCACCCUCCUCUCCUGUUUAAACACCUGCAGCCAUGUGACCACCUAAGGUCCAGGCAGAUAUUUGGGACUGUGCAGUUCAGAAAAAGCCAUCAGAACUCAUCAGAUUGUGAAUCUGCAGGUCGUUUAUAGAUUUUACCCGAUUUGUACCGAUAUGGAUGGAGACAAAUUCCAAACCCAACCUGGAGCUGUUUUACCAACGAACAAAACAGUUUACUUAAAGAGCAGCUUACCUGAAACAGGGUGUUUCCUCUCACUCUGUUUGGUUGUUUUGAGUGAAGGGAAAGCAGCUGCUGUGAAUUGAAAUGUUACAGAAUUCAUAUUUUGCAUUGAGUUGCUCUUUAAAGAGCUCCUGAAAGCUGAGAGCAGGUCUGAUCUUUGAUUACACUGCAGCCACACGGACUCUGAGGGUGGAAAUGUUCAGUCAGACUGAUGAAAAUGCCUCUUUAGCCAAGGUCUCCUGUGACAGGUGAGGGUCCCUUUAGAGGUUUUCUGGUGUCUGAGAGGACUUUGAGCUGAGGGAGGAGAUUCUUCAUUCUGUGAUUCCUCAGUAAACCGUGUGCUUUCCUGCCCUUGGUCUUCUUAUGUUUCUGCUUUGCAUGUGGAUUUCCAGCUCAGACAUCAAUGUGAUGCCACCGGAGCAAAUCAUAAAGGUUAAAUCAUGAAGAUGGUUAUGUGCAUCCCAUCUAACCAAAACUAACUAUAAAUUCAAGAAAUCACUGACUCAGUGCCAAUAAGAACAUCUCAGGACAUCGAUCUUAUACCCACAGUGAUUACCGAUCGCUGUGGAUGUGGCUCUGCACCAAGCAGUUUUUCUGCUCAUUUCCAACUUUAAAGUAUUUUUUAAAUCUUUUUUGUCAUUAUGAACAGUUUAGAAAAACAAAACCUUUGUAUCGGCCUUUAAAGCUGCCCCUCUGUUCAUCUUCUAUCUGAAAUGAGCCAUUUUAGCUCCUGUCUCUUUAAGAACACCCCCACCCCAUAAACCCACUGUUUCCUGAUUGGUCAGCUUCCAGAAACCUAAUAAGGGGCAGUAAAAAGAACAGCCAUCCAACCCUUCUUUAAGAAUAAAAAACAUAAAGCUGCUUUUCUUGCCCACAACGUUUUUGGCCUGCAUAGUUGUGACUUCUUGAACCACAGCAGUAGGAGAGCUGAAACGAUGCUCAUUUAUUUGUUGUGUAACCAACACUGAUAUGUUCUAAACUGAGGGGUGUAACUACGAAGAAGAUUAUUGGGUUAGUGAACUGUGUAGAGCUUAAAGUCGUAAUUUUCCAUGUCACCAAUGUGGCUCUUAUUUUACAAGCUAAAUCACCAUGGCAACUGAUGCUGAACACAUCAUCUGGCCAGGAGCAGGUUAUGUUUGAAUUUUCAGUUUAAAAUUGUCUGGAAGCGCCAAGUUGUCAACGAUUCUUUUAUUUCUGGCAUGUUUUCAGUGUGAUAUAGAUUCUAUAUCUACUUACAAAGAGCGCUGAAUGAAGCAAAAAGCAAUGUUGCUGUAAUGUUGUGCUUAGAAGUAAACAGCAGCAUUGAGCGCGCUCAGACACAAAAUCUUUCACUGCAAUUCAAAUCUCUGUGACACAAAUCACCAGAUUCAUCAGUUUCUCCAAUAAUCUUCAGAUUAUUUAGCUGUUAUAUUUUAUGUUCUUUGUAAACAUUUAAUUUCUUUUUAAUAACAUUUUACUUACUAUUUUAUCAUCCUCACUUUAUAACAUCUCUAAAUGGAGCGGGUGGCGCUCACGGGGAUCAUUUUGUGAAGAAAAAAAAGAGUCACAUGAUGCACGAAUCGUCUUUCUUCAGUUGAUAACCUGUCAGCUGUUAUCUGCUAUCUCUGGGGCUUUAGGUUUUGCUGAUCCAGCUAAGACAAAGAAAGCCUGGAUAUGUAGCUUUCCUUCGUAGUACACCCUUCAGGGUUAGUUCACGUUCAACAACCAUAUCUAAACCAGGAAUAACAAACCAAAAAGUCAACUGCUGUGUUUUAGCUGUAAGUUCUAGUUUUAGUUAAACUCUUCCUUUAAAAAGCUGAAAAUCAGAUUUUCCAGGAAGCCCGAUGCCCGACUUGGGGAAAACAUGCUGGGACGUCCUUUGCAGUCUCUGUGUUGAGCUCAUUGUGGCCUGUACAUAGAGUUUAUUUCUAGUCAGAUUCUUUCGGUGUAAUCUCCGCGAGUCCUGAGAGGCCUGCAAAAACGCUUCUGUUCUGAAGAUAUUUUCAGUGUUUUGUGUUUUAAAGUGUUGUUCAGAUCAUUUCGUUCUGUUUCUGCGGCUUCCUUUCCUUUAUUUAACUAAAGGCGUACUUUGCUGAAGCGCAGUGUCGUGGAAUGUGACUGUGAUAUUUUUAUAGUGUUUAAAAGAGAAAAUCAUGUCGAUAAUAGCGCAGCUCUUGGUCAUCUGACAUGUCUGUUUGAGCUCCUCAGCUGUUUCCUAAACUUUACCUGAAUGUUUCUUUAAAAAGAUAAAGCUCAUGGUGCUUUUCCUGUUGGGACGGAAGCUUGAAGCAAACCAUCAAACUCACUGGUUAAAAUGGGUUUAACAAAACAAGAUCGGACUGAUAAAGCUGAAGCAGUGUGUUUUAGCAAGUAUAGCAGUUAAAUGCUGCUAACACACGUGAGCUGUUAGCUUGUGCUGUACUACUAAUCUUCUGUACAUGCUAACUGUUAGCAUCUACAGCUUCAGAGGUGACUAAACUCCAACAUUAAUCUGAAUCAGUUUCAUAAAAGUUGCAGGUUAAAGCCGUUUGUUACAUCAGCAAGUGUGAGCACGUCUAUAAAAGCAGACGGUUUGGCAGUUUGCAGAUAUGGGCUGCAGAGAAACUGCAAAAAUUACAAGAUACAGGCCUCCAUAGCAGGUUAAAGGUUAAAGUUCAUGACAGCUCAGUUAGCUACACACUGAACGGGUGCGGCUCGCUUGGAAGGGUUAGAGAGUUCAGAGAGCUGAGCAUGAAUGAGAUGAAGCGACGCUGUAAAGACGAGUGGGACAAAACUGCUCCACAGUGACGUGACAGACGCAUGGAGUCACACAGAAACAUCACCGCAACUCAGAAGGAGGCGCUACACGCCGCUGAAUCAGGGGGCGGAGUUAGACUUUCACACUGCAGUUAGUUUAGUUUAUCUUUAAUAGAUACUAACAUGAUGUAACGUGCCACAUGCUUUUGUUCACCGGAGGCUGAAUCUAAUUAUUUAAGACCUGAUCAGGACCAGAUGAUUUCUCAUGUCCUGAUAUGUGAAAAUCCUAAAAAACAUUUCUGCAUCCAAAUGUCACAAAAAAGCCAAUAAACUGAAAGAGAUGUACAAAAACAUGGAGCACGGUUAUAACUCUGAAUAUUGGAAAAAGUAAAUACCACCAUCAUAGUGGACAUGAUGCAAAAACAGCAGUCACACGGGAAACUGUGGAUUCCCUGUGACUGGUUGGAGUCUGGUUGCUGGUUGGUGGAGGUGAAAUCAGUCAUAAAGACGAUGCCACACCAAACACCUCCCGUGAUUGCUUUGAACAUUAGCAGGUUGCCACUGUCACCUGUAGCUUGUGUGGAGGACGCUGACUUGUCUACAACUACACAAACAGGAAAUGAGGAAGUGGUACUCUAUCCCGUCUCUAAGUGAUGAAGGAUGGACCCUGCUUCCAAACUACUCUGUGUUUAUUAAGGCUGUUGUAUUUUUAACAUGUUUUGUAUUUUGUUCCAUUCAAUCUGAACAAAAACAGUCAGUGCUCACUGUCGGCCUCUCUCGGGUUUUAUUACCACUCUUCAUUUUAAAGCUCUGUUUACGAUGUAACUGCAGCCCAGCAGCAGUAUAUUAAUGACUAACCUCGUAUUGUGAAUAACUUCUAACUCCGUUAAAUGUAAUAAAUCCUGUUUUCAUGGAUGUUAAACGUCAUUGUUACACCUGGUAACAACACUGAUCAUUUUAUAAAAGAUGAAAGAAUUUCAACAGUUUGUGACUCUCAGCGUUCGUUUGACUUUGACCUGAAGCGGAGUUUGGAUCUGGAAACGGCGAAUGACGUCAGACUUAAAGACGGGAUAGUUUCACUUAGAGAGGCGACUGCUUGAGGACAUCGGCAUCUGUCAGUGAUCAAAGCAGUCGGGGUUUUUCACCAGCUCGUCGGGGUCGCACAUUUUUCUGAGCGUCUAGUUUCCAGGGGUCACACACGCCUCUGUAGGCCUGUGACAUGACCCCGCAGUGUCAGUGCCCAAAAUGGCAGAGGGUCAUGUGGUGAGCAGUCACAUGACUACAGAACCAGAAUAGAAGGCUAUUUUCUGUCAAAGUGUGUGGAAGAGCUGUCACUUCUCUAACUGAUGCUUCAGCUGGUACAGAUUUAGUCAGCAACACUGUUUUCUAGCUGCUGGGGGUCUUUGCUGCCCCCCCCCCACACACACACACACACAGAUGUUUGAUUUGUUGUGUUAAACUUCCUGUUCUGAUGAAGCGAUGUUGGAGAGCGGGCAGAGCAGUUACUGUGGAUCAUUUAUUUCAGUGUUGCUUUAUUUUUCUAAAUAAAAUUCUGUCAUUCA